GAAAGAGUAAGACCUGACAUAAUCGCCUAGUUCAUCAAGCUGCUGAAAUCGUGAUUUAGGGUGGAUGGGAAACAUGUUGACUGAGCUGAAAUGAAUGUAUACUGACCGUCAAGAAAAGGGCUAGAAGGACUGUGUUUGACGCCAGGACAUCUUAUUUAGGAGGUUUUCAAGGUCGUCAUGGAAAGGACAUUAAAGAGCUCUCAAUGACGUGACACAAUACACCAAGCACUGCAAUUUUAAGCCACAGUCUUUCAGUGUAGAGGGGAAGUGUGGAGUUGUCAACAUGCUGUACAUAUUCCAUGUAGAUACAGGUACCAUGAUGACCUUUGACAUGAAUCUGGCAAUGGACUCUGUGGCUAAUCUGCAGAGGGUGAUUGCCAAAGCUUGUCAGAUUCAGGAGGAUAAGCAGGUGCUGCUCAUCAGUGGUGGAGAGAGCCUGGAUCCCCUUGCCAGGGUGGGCAGCUACAGUGCAGGAACUGAUACAAAUCCAAUAUUCCUGUUUAGCAAGAGCACAAUAGAAGCUGCCACGCCCCCUUCUCCCAGUGUGCAUUAUGGAUCAGAUAUUGACCUCCAAGAGCAAGUGGAAGGCUCCCUCAUCAUGCCCCCAACCUACGAGACAGUGGUAUCACGUGCUCAGUUAGCCCUGCAAUUCCAUGAAGUGGAUAAGGAUGAACUGAGAGCUUGUGAGAAGUUGGUGCAUGAUCAGCACCUUCAGCAACAAGGCUGGGCAGCUGUAGUAGCUAAUUUGGAGGAUAUCACUAGUGCUUUAAGACACAGAUCCGAAAUUUUCCAUGAUGCCUAUUCCGACUACCUAAGUGUGCGGGAACAUUUCAUCUCACUACUUGGGAAAAUCCCAGAUGUGCUACUCCUCCUAUCCAAGAUACCAGUGUUGCACUCCCUCCAGUGUGUGACUGCCCAUGCUGUCCCAGAGGAAACGGAGAGUGGAGAGGAUUUGGUUCCUCAAACACUGUUUGCAUGGAUAAACUCUCAGGACCCUCAAAACCGAUUAGAGGAUAUGUCCAACCAGUGUCUAAAGGUCACAGAACAGUUUGAUGAGAAAGUCUCUGAAAUUUUGCGUGGUGAGGUUGAACAAACAUUUGAAGCUGUGGCCAACCAGAGCAUGAAGGAAGUGAAGGGGCUUGAGGAUCGACUGUAUGGAUUGGACCAGAUUAUGAGUGGAGCAAAGAGAUUGGUGCAGGAACAAGCUGAAAUGUCUCAGGGUUUUGUACAGAACCAGAACAGGGCUGGAAACCUUAGGGACAACUCUGUAUUACCUGACCUCUGUGCCAGUCAUAAAAAACAACUCCUAGUCAUGCUUAGCAACCACAGGAAACUUAGAGAGAUCAAGAAGAAGUGCCGCAUGGCAAAAGAAGAACUGUCUGUCAACCUCCACACUCGACUCAGGUGGGUGAUGUUUGUGGAGAAGAAGAUCUGUGAUAUUGAUGGGAAGUUGAUGAUUCAUCAUGAGAAUUUGAAAAGGCUACGGAAAAGGUUGGACAUCCUGCAACAGAUUAAUGAUGCUCCUCAUGUGUAUGCACAGCUUGUUGUAGAGGUGGUUCGGCGUAAAAACUUCUCCACAAACUUCUUGCAGUGGGCAAGUAAUUUAGCUGAGGAGUCCUCACUUAUACACAGUGACGAAAUCAAGAGGAGAGAAGUAUUCUUAAUGGAAGUUGGUCAGCAUUUCCUUCAUGCUUUGUUCCAUGGUUUUGAGGAUAUCCCUCCAACAUUUGCAACAGAAGCUCCUGAGCUCUUUGACCAACGUCUACCAGAUAUCACAAGUGAUGAUUUAGAGGUACUUCAGAAAGCAGUGCCUGAACUAUCCACAGAGUUCUGUUUGUCCAAAGAGAUCUCUGUUGACCUGGAACAGAGAUUAUCUGCCCUUGGUCCAAAGGCUUGCCCCUCCCAUGCUGCAUCCGUGAACAGUUCUAUAUCACCUGGACGAGUAAAUUCAAAAUCUAGACAACUCACCCCACUGUGCCAAUCCCACAACACAUGUGCGUCCGACAUAGACAUACUGCAAGAAAGUGUCAGUGAUAAUCAUAACUUUUCACCAAUAGAGUGUGACGAAAUUAGUUUUGAUGGGCAAAUUUGUGCCCCAGGAACUGAGGCUGUGAUCAAAAAGGAACCAAUCAGCCCUCAGGACAACUUAGUGUUCCUUAUGCCUGAGUCACUGUCCACAAAACUAACUGCAGAAAUGAAGAGCCAAGCUUCACUGGAGACUGCGCAAAGGGAGAGCACUCUGAGUGAGUCAGGCGAAAGUUCAACUCUCAAAGUUUUCUCAGAGGGCCUGCCUGUUGAGAAGAGCAGUGAUGACAGUAGCUCCAGCCGAAAGAUUGUGAUAAGUGGCACUGUGACCUCUGAUACCUCCCCUGAAGGGGAAACAUCCCAGGAUUUCACUACAGCAGAUUUCUACAUUGACGAGUCCAUGCCUUCCUCUAUUGAGCACAUGGCGGCUUCAAAAAGUAUGGAGAAAAGUGAACUGUCCAAACAGCUGCAGGAGAAGUGUGAAGAUGUCCUGAAGUUAGAACAAGAGAUUCGUGAAUCACAAUACAAACUUACAACCAGCCAAACCAAGAUGAAAACAUUGCAGGAAUUUGUAGAAAAGGAAAUAGAAAAGCUACGCAUGGACUUGACAAGUGUGAAAGAAGGUUAUUCAAGAGAUAAAACAGACUUUAUACAAAACUUUGUGAGUUUUUCAACAAACUUGACUCAAGUUUUGUCUACUUACGAGGCAAAUAUGACUGCAUCUCACAGUGAAGAAAUGAAAAACUUACAGCAGACAAUGGAAUCCAGGAGCACAGAAUUGGAAGGGAAGGUGUCUUCAGCGAAUCAAGAGAUUGAGAAGCUUGAGAUAGAAUUGAAACAGACAAAAGAAGGCUUGGAUAAUACCAAAGCAGACUCGGAAGCAACGAGGAUUAGUUUACAGACGAAAAUUAAUGAAAUAUCAGAGGCUUACGAGAAGGAACGUGAAGAAAUGAUCCGUGGUCACGCCCUGGAAAUGGAAGUGGAACUAGACAAGGUACGUGAGGAACUCAAACAGGAAGUCCUGCAAAAAGAGGCAGAUUUGAGAGAAAAGCUGGAAGAGAUUUCCAGGCUGCAGGAUCAAGUUAGUCAACUCAAAGUGGCAAAGGAAAAAUUGUUUGAGGAAAUGACACAAAGAUUUCAGGCAGAGAAAGAGGAACUAGUUGAUGCCCUGGAAAACGAUUUCUGUAAACAAAAAGAAAUGGCAGUGAUUGAUGCCGUAGCAGAGCAGUCACAGGAGCAUGAGGAAAGUUUACUAAAACUGAAACAAGAGUUUGACCUGAAAGUGCAGGAAAUGGAACAAAAAGUGACAGAGGCUAAAAAUGCUGAAUUUGAGACCAAAAUAGUAGAUCUCAAAGCAGAAUGGCUUCAACAGAAACUGAAAGAAAUGGAAGAGAUGAAGAAAGACAUUAAGAAGGAGCAUGAGGAGUUGCUCAAACGUACUGAAGAAAAUCUUCACUCUCAACAUAAGAAAGAAAUGGAGGAGAGAUUGUCUGCUGUGGAUGGGGAAAAACAAGUUCUUACAGAGGAGUUGCAAGCACUGCGGAAUCAGCCUCCGUCCACGAACAACACUGCUGCAGAAGGGAGUGUCAGCAGGGAAAAACAUGAGCAAAUUGUGACAGACAUUCAGGCCCAGUUCGAGCAAAUGAAAGCUUUAGAAGUUGAAGAAGCUGUGAAGCAGAGCCGUGCUGAGUUGGAAAAAGAGUUAACCACCCUUAGGAGAACAUUGGAACACGAGUAUGAGGAUAAAAUGGCUGCCCUCAAAGCCUCAGUCACUGCUGAGAAACAAGUUUUGUUUAAUGAAGCUGUUAGCAAGGUGACUACUGAAAAAGAAAAGCUAAUUGAAGAGUUACGUGGAAGGGAGUCAACACUUCUUUCACAACAACAGAAAGACAAGGAGCUACUGGACAAGUUGAUGUCUGAGAAAGCCGCUGCAAUGUCUGAGCAUCAAGACUCUGAGGAGAAGAUACAGUUACUGAGAAAUAAACACCAUCAACUGGAGGAUGAAUUAGCUAUGUCAAGACAACAGCUUGAGAUAUUCAGACAACAGAUUCAUACAAUGUCAUCAGUCUCUAUGAUCUCAACAACAUCUGAAGUUAGUGGAAUGCCAGGGGAAGACCCCAUGCUGAAGAGCAGCAGAUAUUUGGAAUUGGAAGGGAUUUUGAGAUCAAAAGAAGAAGAGAUAACAAAGUUAAAUCAAAAAGUGAUGGAACUGUCCAUGACUGCAAGCACUAGAACUUUAACACAGGAUAAAGUGUCAAUAACCAGCUGCUCUAUAGGAGAUAUAGUACUGCUUUGCCUGGAUGAGAGGCAUGACCAGUAUGUUGUGUUUACUAUUGGAACAACCCUUCAUUUUCUCCACUCUGACUGCCUCCAGCCUCUGGGGCUCAAGACAAACCCUGGGGAAGCUCGUAAAUCCUGGGUGUUGGCUCAGAUUGUGGAAAAGGAGUAUUGUCAGGCAAAGAAACCUCAAAACAGAUUCCGGGUUCCUGUGGGAACAAAGUUUUAUCGUGUAAAGGCCAAGCCGUGGACCAGGGAGCCAGUCCGUAAGCCGCCCCAGCCUGGAGCCACUGCUGACACUAACCCUUGAGUGUACAGAAAUGCUGACACUGACAGAGGACAUAACCGCUUAAUGUAUGGAUGUAAGCCACAAGGGAGGUAAUCUACUCACUCUAUCCCCAUCACCUUGGACAAGCCUUCUAGCCUGGGUAAAACUAUAAGAUGCGAUAGUGCUGUUUUUCUUUCCAUACCUACACUCAAUCAGGUGAAAACAAUAACCAGUCCUUGCUGAUUAAUAGGUACGACCACAGCCUGCUAUUGUACCCUGGAAGACAGUUGUUUUUUCCCUUUUUAAGAGAUGACGAACAUUGUGAAAGAUGUUGGCUUGCAAUCCUGCCAUAUUAUGAUGUUCAGAUGUAUUGUGAACAGAUAUAUUGUCAUGCAAUGAAAUAAAAGCAACAGGUUGUUAUGACAAAUUAUGGUUUAAUAAUUAUAUGCAUGUUUGAUUUUGGGGGUGCCUAAAAAAUUUGUUUGGGUGCCUAAAACUAAACAGCAAGCUUGUAUAAAAUGUGUCGGGUUUGUUCAUGAUCUAUUGAAAGAAUGACUACCUUGUUUAACAUGUAGUUAUUAUGACUUUUUUCCCUGUGGCUCCUGACAUAUUUCUGUAUCGUCAAAAAAGAGCUCUUGAUUCCAUGUGUAAGAAUAGAAAGCCUUGUGAAAUGGCUGAGUGUUCAUCAUAUCCAUCAUCUUCAGAGUCUGUGCCUACACAUAUAUACAUGCUUAAGACAGUGUAUGUUUAAGCAGGGUCAUUUUUAAUAUAUGUAAUACAGUGUGCAAAAAGCCGUUGAAAUUUGCAAAACAUUAUUAUUAGUACUUUUUGUACAAUUACAAAAAUUAAUGGAAAUUUGGAGAUACAGUAAUCAAGCAUUCUGGUGUUCUACAAAUAGUGAAUGAUAUGAAUUAUAUUGAAAUGCC